CCUCCACUACAGAAAAAAGAAACGAGAAAUAUCACGGCCAUGGCCCUCGCAAGUCAAGGGUCCCGACUCCCGAGUCCCGACGAGGACGAAGGCAAGCGGCCGCCCGCGCUUGACGAUUCCGCCGCUCAGGACACCAGCCGAACACAGGUGAGGUGACUAGCGCGGCAUCCCCGCGCAUAUAUCAACCCACAUCGAUUUGCAACUUGCUUUAGCCACCAGUCCACCACCACCACCACCAACCCGCGCGUCCCGUGCCGCGCCUAUCCACAGCGAAAAGCCACGAUGCGGCGGCGGCCGCCGCCGCCAGCGCUGAGGCUGAGCGCGCUGUUGCUGCUGCUGUUCUUCCUCUGCCUGUGCGCGUUCCCCGCGCCGGCGCGGUCGCAGAACACGACCGCGGCCACGGCGGCGCCGGCGUCCGUCGAGGGGUUCAACUGCUCCGCCAACCGCACGUACCCGUGCCAGGCGUACGCGCUCUACCGCGCCGGCUUCGCGAGCGUGCCGCUCGAUCUGGCCGCCAUCGGCGACCUCUUCGCCGUCAGCCGCUUCAUGGUCGCGCACGCCAACAACCUCUCCACCGCCGCCGUGCCGGCCAACGGGGAGCCGCUGCUCGUGCCGCUCCAGUGCGGGUGUCCCUCCGGGUCACCCAACUCGUACGCGCCGAUGCAGUACCAGAUCGCCCCGGGGGACACCUACUGGAUCAUCUCCACCACCAAGCUGCAGAACCUCACGCAGUACCAGGCCGUGGAGCGCGUGAACCCCACGCUCGUGCCCACCAACCUCGACGUCGGCACCAUGGUCACGUUCCCCAUCUUCUGCCAGUGCCCGGCCAAAGACGACAACGCCACCGCGCUCGUCACCUACGUCAUGCAGCCCGGGGACACCUACUCGUCCAUUGCCGCCGACUUCUCCGUCGACACCCAGUCGCUCGUCUCCCUCAACGGGCCCGAGCCCAGGACGCAGCAGUUCGCCGAGAUACUCGUGCCGCUCCGCCGCCAGGUGCCGAAUUGGCUGCCCCCAAUCGUGCUCCGGAACAACGCCUCCACGACGCCAGCGUCCCCGCCGCCCUCGGCCUCUCCCAACGCGACCGUGGUGAGCGACGACCGGAACGGGGUGGUCACCGGCCUUGCCGUCGGGCUGGGCAUCGUCGGCGCGCUCUGGCUGCUGCAGAUGCUGCUGCUGGUCUGCUUGUGCAGACGGCUCAAGGCGAAGGGACGACGAGGUGACUCGGUGGCAAGCGGCGACGGCGUCGAGGGCGGCAGGUUCGCUAAGAACUCGUCCGCCGGCGGCGGCGGCGGCGUUGGCGGGGAGAGAUUCCUGGUCAGCGACAUAUCUGAGUGGCUGGACAAGUACAGGGUGUUCAAGGUGGAGGAGCUGGAGCGUGGCACCGGGGGAUUCGACGACGCGCACCUCGUCAACGGCAGCGUGUACAAGGCCAACAUCGACGGCGUGGUGUUCGCCGUGAAGAAGAUGAAGUGGGACGCCUGCGAGGAGCUCAAGAUCCUGCAAAAGGUGAACCACAGCAACCUGGUGAAGCUAGAGGGGUUCUGCAUCAACUCGGCGACGGGCGACUGCUACCUGGUGUACGAAUACGUGGAGAACGGGUCGCUUGACCUGUGGCUGCUGGACCGCGACCGCGCGCAGCGCCUGAACUGGCGCGCGCGCCUGCACAUCGCGCUCGACCUCGCCCACGGCCUGCAGUACAUCCACGAGCACACCUGGCCGCGCGUGGUGCACAAGGACAUCAAGAGCAGCAACGUCCUCCUGGACGCCCGCAUGCGCGCCAAGAUCGCCAACUUCGGCCUCGCCAAGACGGGCCACAACGCCGUCACCACACACAUCGUGGGCACCCAGGGGUACAUCGCGCCCGAGUACCUCGCCGACGGCCUCGUCACCACCAAGAUGGACGUGUUCGCCUACGGGGUCGUCCUGCUGGAGCUGGUGUCCGGGCGCGAGGCCGCGGACGAGAGCGGCGAGCCGCUGUGGGCGGACGCCGAGGACAGGGUGUUCCGGGGCCGCGACGAGAGGCUGGAGGCCCGCGUCGCGGCGUGGAUGGACCCGGCGCUCGCGGAGCAGACGUGCCCGCCGGGGAGCGUGGCCAGCGUGGUCAGCGUGGCCAGGGCGUGCCUGCACAAGGACCCGUCCAAGCGCCCCAGCAUGGUGGACGUAGCCUACACGCUGUCCAAGGCGGACGAGCACUUCGCCGACUACUCCGGUGAGAGCGUGUCGGUUGACGGCAGCGGCGACAUCGCUGCUCGGUGAACCAUCCUUCGUUUGGCUAGCACUCCUACUCACUAGUAAUAGGUUUCUUAGUCAUCAGUUCGCGUUGUACAGUAAAUGUUAAAGGUCUAGCGUCUAGCGAGCGGGGGACGAGUCAGCAGUGAGUAUAUUGAAUAAUAACGCCGGCAUUCUGCGAGCCUGCGAGGUUCGUGAAAUCUAUCGACUUGAUGUGUAUAUAUACUCUUAUAUAGUACUAUUAUGUAAAUGAGGAUUAAUCCGUGUCUUUUUUUUGCGAUUA